AUGACUGCAGAGCUGGAGAACGGGCUGCCCGCCAACGGCACAAAUGGCGUCAACGGCAAGGCGACAGAAACGAUCAAUUCCACACCCUCACACCCAGCAUUCGACUCGAUACCAGAUGUGAUACAAGCAUUCGCAAACGACGAGUUCGUAAUCGUCCUCGAUUCGCCCUCGCGUGAAAACGAAGGCGACCUCAUCAUUGCGGCCUCGGCCCUCACCCCGUCCAAAGCCUCGUUCAUGAUCCGCUACAGCUCAGGCUACAUCUGCGCGCCGCUCCCUGUCUCGCGCGCCGCAGCCCUGCACCUCCCGCAAAUGGUCGCCGACAACGCAGACCCCAACCGCACCGCCUACGCCGUCAGCAUCGACGCCGCAGACCCCUCCGUCACAACCGGUAUCUCGGCGCACGACCGCAGCCUCACCUGCCGCAUGCUUGCCGACCCCAGCGCAAAAGCAAGCCAUUUUCGCCGCCCCGGCCAUAUCUUGCCGCUCCAGGCUCGCGACGGCGGUGUCAGGGAGCGCAUGGGACAUACCGAGGCCGCUGUCGAUUUGUGUCGUCUUGCGGGCAAAGAGCCCGUCGGUGUCAUUUGCGAGCUCAUCACGGAUGGCGAGGAGGUGCCGGGCAAACCUGAGUUGCAGAAUGGCGGUAUGAUGAGGAGGGAUGAGUGUUUGGAGUUUGGCAAGAAGUGGGGGAUUAAGGUUUGUACGAUUGAAGAUUUGGUUAGGUAUAUUGAGGAGAAUGAAGGGGUCUUGGGUAAGGCGGCGUAG